CCAAUUCCUCUCUCUCUCUCUCUCCCUCCCUCCCUCCCUCUCAUUCGAUUUCGAUUUCGAUUCCAACAAGGCAAGGGAGGGGAGGGGAGAGAUGAUGCUGCUCGCCAAGGAGUUCGCGCUCUCGCCGCCGCCUGCGGCCACGCCUCGCCGGAGGCCGCCGCCCAGGGUCGCGCCGCGGGCCUCCUCUCCCUCCUCCGCCGGGGCCUCGCCGGCGGGGGACCUCUGGCUCCGGACCAGGGGAGCGGACGCCUUCGGGAGCCACAGCCACGAGAGCGACAUGGAUUUGGCCAUGCUCGUCGCCGACUUCCUCGAGAACGGCGGCAGCGGGGGCGCCGACUCGCGCGCCAGCAGCGACACCGACUCCGCCCUCUCCGACCUCGCCCACCUCGCCGAUAUCAUUUCGAUGUACAAGCAAGGCGGCGAUGAGAAAGAAAAUGAGCUACUCUCUAUGGUCCACUCGCUGUUAUUCUCAAUCCAUGAGUCAGAGCUUCUGGCUUUCAACAGAGGUCAAUGCAGUGCCAGUUGCAUCCGUCAUUUACUUGUUAAGCUCUUGAGAUAUUCGGGAUACGACGCAGCAGCUUGUGUAUCAAAAUGGCAGGGAUUUGACAAGAUACCUGGAGGUGACCAUGAAUAUAUUGAUGUCAUCAUGAAUACUGAUACUGAAGAUCGUCUGAUCAUUGAUAUCGACUUCAGGAGCCACUUUGAAAUAGCCAGGGCAGUUGAUUCUUAUGGCAGUCUGCUCAAUUCACUUCCGGUGGUCUAUGUUGGCACUCUUUCCAGACUGAAACAGUUCCUGAAUGUGAUGGUAGAUGCUGCAAAGUGGUCCCUUAAGCAGAACUCUAUGCCUCUGCCUCCUUGGAGAUCCUUGCCUUAUCUCGAAGCAAAAUGGCACUCCAAGUAUGAGAGGAUAGACCUGCACAUUGGGCAAGACUUGCACAGCACAUCUUCAGAUCACGCACUAUGCAUUGGGCAUCUCAAAAGGCUGAAAGCCUCCCUGCAAUCAGAACUGGAUACCGAAAGGUUGCUUAUGAUGCCAAUCAAGAUUGAUAUGAAGAGGAGGGCAAAAUUUGAGAGGCGGCGGCGUUCCCUGCUCAGUUUCUGAUUCUUAUCUGUGCUUCUUGGAUACUUAAGUGCUGAGAGAAUGAAGGCUAGCUUCCCAUACUUUUUUCCAUGAGAAAAGGAGUUCUUUUUCUUUACAGUUUUGGACAUACAAGGGAAAUAGAUGACGGGUACUAAGUACUAACAAGGCAGGAGAGUUAGAUAGUGUGCCAGAUUUUUUUGAAGGCAUAUACAAAAACAUAAAAAUUCUUUUUGGAUUUCAUUUUUGUUCUUCAGGCGAAGAUGGAUGCUGGUGGUUAAUCUGCUGCAUACCAUGUACAAUGAUGAGUGUUUACAGAGCUUUUUUUCUCCCCAAUAUUCAAUCGUUUAUCACAUUGACGGACCUUUUAAUUUGUGUACUUUGGACACACUUCUUUGUUUUUCCUUGUUGUAAAGUGGACCUGAUACAUGUUGUUUGUUCCCUUUGUAAUGAUAGAAUGUUUAAGCACAGUUACACUCUGUAUUGAAAA